UUCAGAGCAGAUGGACUCAAUAACAGAUCACACAGACCAUUCCAUGCAUUAUACGGAAAUCUAUAUUUCAGGACAGAGACACACAGAGCAAAUCUAAUCAUAUUUAGUGGCAGUACUACAGUAACACUAGGGUGUGAGAUAUCUGGAAAGCAUGUGUUUGAAUGAUUCAUUUCUCAUAUCUGAAGUUGAAUACAGCUCACGGAAUGCAUCACUAUUCUUUAUGUGAACAGCAGAAUAUGACCGAAAGUGACUCUAUGGGGAGAAUCUGCCCUAAUCCCUCGCUGAUUAAUGGUUUCCUGACUAUUCUAUCUAUCUGUAGCUUUUUCUAUCAUUUGCCUGUCUUCUCUUUAUAUUUUGAUGGUAAAGAGCGAGUGAAUGGACAGAGAGAGGAGGAGAAAGAAAAGGAUGAGUGAGUGUGGAAAUAAGAGGAGAGGAGGGGGGAGAAUUCCACUUAGUGUCCAUCUAAUGCACUUUACCCUCUCUCUCUCUCUCUCUCUCUCUGUAUCUCUCUCUCUCUCUCUCUCUCACGCCUCUGAGGUCUUGGAUCAUCUCACAGCAGAGGAGUUGACAGGACUGAUGCUCAUCUGACAGAUCAGACAGAUAUCAGACUCAAGAGGAUCCUCACGAUUACACACACACACACACAUACACACACAUCUGACAGGCUUGGCCAAACCAGGCGUCACAGUGCUGUUUACCAGAGACCGUGUGAGGCGCAGGGGUGCGGGACGUCCAAAGACAUGCCAUCAGUCCCAGAGCACCUGGCCCUCAGUGACUGUCCGCGCUCAUAUUCCCGCGAGCAGCUCACUCCUCGCUCCGAGAACACGGUCUUCAGCCUGGCUCACAACGACACCUUCUGGACCCUGCAGCCCGCUGCGGGACACUGCGAGUACUACUGGCAGGCCAUCCUCCUCAUGACCUCCGGGGGCAGCGUGCUGAUCUGCGGGAUGGUGCUGAGCGGACUUUACUUCGCUGGCUUCUCCAUGAUGGCCACCAACAUCCUGGGCCCCGCUCUGCUGUCUGUGGGGCUGAUGGUGCUGGUGGUGGGGAUGGUUUUGAUGCCCAUCACACGACAAAUGAGGGAUCAGAGCGCAACCAAACACCUCUGCAGUUACUACAAGCCUCAAAUAAACAUCUAAGGGGAACUUAAUCGUUCUCUAGUAGGAUAAUUAAGUUUUCUUAAUAGUAGGAUAGUUCACCCAGACAUUAAACCUUUGUCUGCAUUUACUCAUCCUCCACAGUGACUGAAGUUUAAUUUUGGGGGGUGAAAUAGCCUUUUAAGGCAAGACACUGCAGGCAAAACAAUUUUUUGAUUGUUUGUUUGUUUGUUUAUGCACUGUUCAAUUUUGUGAUUUUGAGCUGUUUUGCUUCCUUAGCUUGUUUUCUUUCAGACUAGGGUUAUUAUCAUUAAUUAAAGCUAUUAGAAACAUGUUUUGUUACUUGAAAUAAAACAAUUAUAAGCAAAAAUAAUGUU